CAAAAGAGGAGUAUGUAUUUGCAAUUUUGCACAAUUGCGCCUAAAUCAAAUAACUGCUCCUGCCCUAUAUAUACUACUAUAUUUACCCAGCUCCCAUUAGUUUCCACAGCUCUUCAAAAUCAAAAUCUCAAUCGUGUCUUUUGUUUUUCUUCCAAUUUUGUGUACAGUUUAAACUAAUUAUGGGCUCAGAUGCGGAUAUGGAGGAUUAUGGGUUUGAGUACUCAGACGAAGACCCAGAAGAGCAGGAUGUUGAUAUUGAGAAUCAAUACUACAACUCUAAAGGCAUGGUUGAGACAGAUCCAGAAGCAGCGCUCGAGGGUUUUGCUGAAGUAGUCCGCAUGGAACCUGAGAAAGCUGACUGGGGAUUCAAGGCAUUAAAGCAAACUGUUAAGCUGUAUUAUAAACUGGGGAAGUACAAGGAAAUGAUGGAUGCUUACCGAGACAUGUUAACUUACAUAAAAUCAGCUGUAACACGAAAUUACAGUGAAAAGUGUAUAAAUAAUAUUAUGGAUUUUGUGUCCGGAUCUGCUAGUCAGAACUUCGGUCUUCUGCAGGAGUUCUAUCAGACAACUUUGAAGGCACUUGAAGAGGCUAAGAAUGAGAGACUCUGGUUCAAGACAAACCUAAAGCUUUGUAAGAUAUGGUUUGAUAUGGGUGAAUAUGGCAGAAUGAGUAAGAUUUUGAAGGAGCUUCACAAAUCUUGUCAAAAAGAUGAUGGCUCAGAUGAUCAGAGAAAGGGAACUCAACUUUUGGAGGUGUAUGCUAUUGAAAUUCAAAUGUAUACAGAGACCAAGAAUAACAAGAAGCUGAAGCAAUUAUACCAAAAGGCCCUGUCAAUCAAGUCCGCAAUACCUCAUCGAAUUAUGGGGAUUAUUCGUGAAUGUGGUGGGAAAAUGCAUAUGGCAGAGCGGCAGUGGGAAGAGGCAGCUACUGACUUUUUUGAAGCUUUUAAGAACUAUGAUGAAGCAGGAAACCACAGGCGCAUUCAAUGCCUUAAAUAUUUGGUUCUUGCUAAUAUGCUGAUGGAAUCUCAGGUUAACCCGUUUGAUGGUCAAGAAGCAAAACCGUAUAAGAAUGAUCCAGAAAUAUUGGCUAUGACCAUUAUUGCAGCAUAUCAAAGGAAUGAAAUAUUGGAGUUUGAGAAGAUUCUCAAGAGCAAUAGGAGAACUAUAAUGGAUGAUCCUUUCAUCCGAAACUACAUUGAAGAUCUUCUGAAGAAUGUCAGAACCCAAGUCUUGCUAACAGCUCAUCAACCUUAUACAAGGAUACGCAUACCCUUCAUAUCAAAGGAGCUUAACGUGCCAGAGAAGGGUGAGGAGUUGUUGGUUUCCCUUAUCCUGGAUAAUCGGAUCCACGGGCAUAUUGAUCAAGUGAAUCGGCUUUUAGCGUGUGACAGUUCAAAGGGUAUGAAGAAGUAUGCUGCAAUAGAUAAAUGGAACACACAGCUCAGAACUCUCUCUCAAACCAUUUGCAACCGAGUAUGUUGAGAGGCUUUUUCAAGUAAAAACGGUGGUAGGUUUUGUUUCAUAGAGUUGGUGACAGAUUUUGUUUCAGAGAGAGUUGGUGGCUUUCUCUGAAAUGAAGUUUUUCCUGGAAUUGUCAUACUUUAUCCAGUUGGUACCCUUUGGCCACUGUGCAAAAACUGAAUGGAGUUUGGUAUAUACAAAAGACAAUUUGUGGAGCUUUGGAUAUAAUAUUGCAAAUAUACAAUUAAAACCUUGUCUCAGA